AGGUAGAAGGUUAUGUGGUUAGUUGAUAUGUUGCAGGUGCAUUUAUUCGCUUAUUUACUUCUUGCAUCGUUUGCAAUAAUGUUUGAACAUUGGAGUCGACAACACAUAUGAAUUCAAAUAAAUUUUUCUGACACUCGCAAGGUAAACUCUCCCUCUCAAUACCUCUCUCCCAAUCCCCCCGCCACCAUAAAACGCGGGACACGUUAUGGUAUGUCAUUAGCCCAUUAGGAUAUGCUUUUAUUUUUUAUAUGUACAACAUGUACAGUGAAAAUUUCAAACUUCAAAUAUCUUAGUCGAAAAUGCAUGCCGUAUUGGUUAUAUCAUGCUCAUCCUUAUUGCUUAGUAGUAAUUAAUUCCAUGGAUCACAUUUUCCCUUUUAAUUGUAUCUUAUAUGAUUAUGACUUGAUUCAUGAAGUGGUGCAAAAGCAACAUGUAGAGUCUGCGCCAUGCAUCCCACGCAGGGAAUGCCCAUGGAGAUGUUAUGAGCUCGUGAUCUGAUGAGGAGAAAGUACUCUUAGUUGCCGGUGCUGCCUUAUUAAAUAUUCAGGGCCGCGCAAUAGAUAUUUUUCAUAGGUAAGUUGUGAAUUAAAAAAAAACCAUGUGUAUAUGCAUGGCUUUCUGGCUAUUUAGGUCCCACUGCUCUAACAAUACCAUUAUUUUUUUUCCCUCCUUAUCUUAUUACUUUAUUUAAUUAACUGUCGCCAAUGAUAGCUGGAAUCCUGUGAAACUAUAGUGUACCGGGCUGGAAUAAUGACUUAUUUAACCUAUAUUAAUGAAGGAGCUGAUUCCAUCCUGCCGUCCAUAUCUCAAGCUUUGAGUUAGCUGCUCAAAUUGUAGCUCUCCUUGGCCUUAUUUCCUCGCCUCCUUAAAAGGCACGACAAGUUUGGGUUUUCUUCAUGAAGUAUUGUCGGUAGGGAAAAAGAAAACUUUCCUUCAUACUGGAAAAGAGAAGUGGCUGUUUACAUAGUGGGGUCUACUUAUUCAUAUAAUGUAAAUAAAAACAUAGAUAUUGGCUACAUGAUUAGGAGUUUAUUAGUCAAGAGGAUUUCCAUUUUGAUAACGUCUCUUUUAAAUAUCAGUAAAUAUAGUCUAAGGAGUCUAAGGUUUUUUUGGUUGGGGAGCAUGCCUUAAUUGGUUAAGCCUUUAAUAUUGUUAUUAGCGGUUAUGUGUAGCUAAAGAAAAGUUUGCCAUAUCUUUCCCGAUUGCUACUAGUUGACCUAGAUGGUUGAAGUAGAUCUUAAUUAACGAGGGAUGGGACCGCGAAACUGAGUUCAUUAUUUGGUUUCCCAGCGCCACAUUUAGACAUGCAUUACAUCCAUUAUUAAUCUUCAUUUCGGUCGUUGAUUCUUUUCCAUUAUGGUUCAGAUCAAUUAUGAAACAAUAACAAGAUUAUGCAGGUACGUGCAGAAUCCAAAUUGGUCGUAGGACUCGAUCAAUUAUUGUCCGAUUUGAUGGUUCCCUGGCUUGAUUACCAUAUAAAGCGUAAGAUUUCUUACCCAUUUACAUUUUCCUAAUCAGCCCUUAAUUUCUAAAAGACCAAACUAUAGCCUAGAACCAAUUAAAUAGAUCGAGACUGGGAAGUUAUGCUUAUGCGUUAUGUGUCUACAUGUGGGAAUGAUUUCUUAGUUAAGAAUUACUGUAGAACUUAACCUUGACACCAGGGAUCUAUUGUGGCGAGUAGAAGUCGACGUGUCCACUAAAAUUUAUUACCCCACACAGAUUUAGGUGAGAGCCGCUCGAAUAUGAUAGGAGAGAAGUAAAGAAGGGUAGACCUGAUUUGUCAUUAUUAUGAUUCUGAGAAAUAUUAAUCCAUUUUCAGGCCUGUAUUUGACUUGUUUUCUGGGCAUAGGAAGGAGGAGGAGGGCUCUAGGGGAAAUAUACCAAUUUAAAAUUGAAGGUUAAUAGCUGUCGAUAAGAAAUAAGAAAAGAGUAUAAAUACAUUAUUUGUGUUCUACAGCUUGGCACUGCAUGGUCGUUUAAUGUUUGAAAAAAAUUUAGGUAAAUAGACACAAACUAAAACUUCAAAAUAGAGACUAAAUAGACACAAACUUCAAAAUAAAAAAGAGAAAAAACUAAAAUUUGUAAUUUGACCCAUUUAAGAAUGUGAAAACCAAUGAAGCAAUGUUUUAUGAAAUUUAUCUCACUUGAUAUUAUUUUAUUAUUCUAUUAUUAUUUUUUUUUGAGGAAAAAGUGUUAUUCUUCAUUUAUAAGAAGCCCUCAAAGAAUUUGGUCUUUAACGACUAUGUGCGAGACAGAUUCUAGAUUGCACAUCAUCAAUUGUCAACUGUCUAUACACAAAAUAAAUCUUAGAAAUGAUGAAAACAAUUCUUUUGUGGUUGAACUCUGAUUUGAACUGUAAAUAGUAAACUAGUUUGACAAAAUACAACAAUAUUUCAAGAGAUAAACAUGGUCAAAGAGUAUAUGCAGGAUAAAAUAUGUUGAAUUGUAUUAGUUAUUGUAACUUGUAGGCUUGGAAGUGAUGUUAAAAUUGUUAAAAUCACUUUUGUCAAGUUCAAAAUUAUCUUAAGAGAUGUCUUUAAUCACUAAAAAUUAAUUUAAUAUUUAAUUAUACACUUUUAAAUGCAAUUAUCAUAUCUUCAACUUUGAUUUUGAUCGAUUAAAAUCAUGUUUUGAAGUUAUUUUCAAAACGUCAAAAUAAUUUUAACCAUUUUAAAAUUAUUUUCAAACAUGUCUAGUCUUUCGUGUACUAGUUACAUUAACGAUUGCACCAUGCUUGGCCCUCUUCCCCUUGUUAUGGUGUUGGACUAAGUUAGGUUUCCGAGGUUGGAUGACUGUCAUGAAGUUGGUGUCUGAAGUGAAGCUGGCCCUUUGUAGCUUGAUGGUUUGGUGGUUAACUACUUGUAGGGGCAGAGCUCAAAGUCUUUCACAAAGAGGAUAAAAAGAAAGCAAACCAAGUCAGCAAGACCAACAUUCUCAGCAUAUCCACUUCAGGUAAAAUCAAUAAUAUAUUAGGAAUAAAAUCUUGAAAAUUUGUCCAAAAGCUGUACUUUUAUCAGCCCGCAUACCAAUGGAGAUGGAUUUUGAUCUGCAUGGGCCUAUCAUGUUUGAUAAUACGAGGUUCUAUUUCAAAACUAAUUGAUAAUGAAAUGAAUAGUCCAUCUACUCAUAAGGAAUGUGAGUCCCCUUAAUUUUUCUAAUUUUUCUAAUGUGAGAUUAUUAAUAUCUCAACAAAGGUUGCUAUAAGAUAAGAGUUCCUUGAUAGAAAACUAUUUUCAUGUUUUUGGACCAAUAAAAAAUUGAAGUUAAUAUUACACCAUCCAAAUAUAUCCCUUUUCGAAUAAUAUGAUAUAUACGUCUAUUUCUCGUGGAAUAGAAAAUAUAGUAUAUAGUUAUGCAGUAAUUGCCAUGUAUUUCUCUUUUCUAAAGAUUAGUUUUAAUUUCCUUUUGUCCAACAAAUUCUCAACAAAUUCUUCUAUAGUCAAAAAUUUUAAAGAUUAGCUGGGCUAACUGCAAGAUGCAAAGUAGAAUAAUUGUGUAAUAUGUUAAUUUAAGAAAUUGUUGAAUAGGUUGAGUUAUAGAGAUAUGUUGGACUCAUAUUAAAAUUUGGCAUUUUUUUUUGGUAUCUAUUUUGUUAUUUAAAACUAAACCUAGCGGUAAAUAUUACAUUUACAUUCAUCUUUCUUCUUGUGUUACCUAUAUCUUACUAAUAAUUUAAAAAACCAAAUCAAAAUUUGAAAGCUAGAAAAAAUAUAAAAGUUAUUUUUGUUUUUUGAUUUUGUCUCACAAUUUAACUACUAGAAAGAUGCAAACCAUUAUAAGAAAAUGGAAAGAGAUAGACUUAAUUUUCAAAAACCAAAAAACAAACAAAAAAAAUAAAAUAAUUAUGAGGAUUUGCACUAAAAUCAAUAUAUGGUUGUUUGUGUAACAUACUUUAGCUAGAUCUUCUUUAUAUUAUACUUGUACCAUGCAAAUAUAUACAUAAAAUAUAGACAUGUUGAAGAUAUAAGCACCCAUUGUAUAUGCCUAUAUGGUGUGUAAAGUUCAUUUAAUUAAAACAAAACUUGGUAUAAGGGUCUUCUCUAGCUAUUUCAGUAUAUAUCAUCCUCAUUCAGAAUCAUAAUACUUCAACCAUUUAAGUUGAAAUUUGUAUGUACGAUUCCAUAAUUCUUAAAGUAACUCAUUUAUUCACUUCAAACAUGACUUUUUAUCUUACUUAUUAUUAUUUUGGGUUUAACAAGUGAAGGACCGAAGGUAUGUCUUGGAAAGUGUCCUCUCCAAAUCAAAGAAUAUAUAUUAACUUUUUUUCAUUUUGCAAUCGGGAGUUUUCUUUAGAAUGUUGUAUGUUGUGCAGAAAACUCACAUAUAUACUACUUUAUGCUCUCGUUUCGUUCCACUACUUUGAUACAUAUACGUUAGUUAGACCUAGUCUACACAAGAGUAUAUAUAUUGAUGUUGUAUCGAGUCGAUUAGACUCUGAUGCCUAAGUUAGGACACAAAAUAUUUAGCUCAGCCAAAGUAUAGAGAGAAUUGCUUAACCUUUAAGAUGGUUAGUGUGAAUAAGGUCCAUCCUCUAAAGUUCUAAUUUCUGUUUGGAGAUGUUCAAUGAUUGAUGAUGUCAAAACGAACUUAACUCAAUCGUUUUCUUCUUAGUGAAAUUCCACAUGCUCCGGCCAAUAUUUGAGGAUUGGACCACCCUUAGGCUUGAGUCUUGUUUCAAGCAACUCUCGACAUAGCAGUAGAAUAAUUAAGGAGAAAAUUUGAACAAUUGAUUAUGGUUUCGAGUUUGAAUUGUAUAUCUCAUAUUUACGUGUUCUUUAUUCGAGGGGUACAUAUUUUUCUAAAGAAAAAAAACGUAGGUAAGUUAUUAUUUGCAGUCUAUUUUAUUAGUUCAAUCAUAAAUUAAUAAUAAGAAACCGUUUUUUUCUUUUCUUUUUAUUAAGAUUAACAUAGAUACAAUUCAAGAUGCACUCAAGUAUCGUUUUUUCUAUUGAUUUAUAAGAUACAUAUUAUAUUAUUCUAUAUAUGCACAUGCAAACCCCACGAUUUUAGCUUUACCAUAGCUUAACUGAUUAUGAAAGUCAUGUUUGUUCGUCAACUUCAAUCAAAAGAUUUUGACCAUUUAUUAAAAUACAAAACAAAACAGCAAUGCUGAUUAGUUGACUUCCUACACCAAUCAUAUCAUCUUCUCUUAAAAUGCGAUUUCCAUCUCUUCCCAACACAUAAAUUUCUCUCACAAGGAAUUUAUUUGCUUUCUAUUCACAAUAACAAUGCUCUCUUUUUUAGCUGCAAUCCUGUUAAUAAUAACGAUUGCUUUUGUGUUGAGAAGCAAUAAGAGAAGCAAAAAUGUCCCACCAGGGGAAAUGGGUCUACCUUGGAUUGGAGAAACAAUGGCUUUUUACAGAGCUCAAAGUAAAAACAGAUUGUUUGAAGACUUUGUUGAGCCAAGAGUAGCAAAAUAUGGAAAAAUCUUCAAAACAAACUUAAUGGGAUCUCCAACAGUGGUUGUUAAUGGAGCUGAAGCCAAUAGAUUUUUCUUGUCAAAUGAGUUUAAGUUAGUGGUAAGUUCAUGGCCAUCGAGCUCCGUUCAGUUGAUGGGUGAAGAAUGUAUUAUGCAGAAGGAAGGUGAAAAGCAUAGAUGUGUUCGUGGUCUUAUUGCCUCAGCUCUUUCUACUUCGAGUCUUGAAGUUAUGAUGCCUAAACUGUGCAAUACAAUUCAGGUUUAUUUGGAUACUAAGUGGGUUGAUUGUGACACAGUUGGUCUCUUUCGCUCGGCUAAAGUAUUGACAUUUACCAUUGUGUUUGAGUGUUUAUUGGGUAUUAUAGUGGAGCCACGUGUGUUAACGACGUUUGAGAGGGUUUUGGAAGGUGUUUUUGCACCACCAUUCAGGCUUCCAGGCACAAGAUUUUCAAGAGCCAAGAAAGCAAGACUGGAGAUAGAGACAAUGCUAAGGGAAGUGGUGAGAGAGAAGAGGAGAAAAAUUGAAGGAAAACUAGAAGAAGAAGAACAAUGUGGGUCAUUGCUUUCAAGGAUGGUGAGAGCAAUGAUAGGAGGGGAAAUCAGUGAAAUGGAAGUCGUAGACAAUAUUGUUUUGCUUGUUUUUGCAGCUCAUGAUACGACCUCCUUUGCCAUUGCCAUGACUUUCAAAAUGUUGUCUCAGCACACAAACUGCUACUCACUUCUUCUCCAGGAACACGCUGACAUAGUAAGAAGCAAGGGGCCAGGCCAGAAUUUGACAAUGGAAGACAUAAAGAAGAUGAAAUAUACUUGGCAGGUAGCUCGGGAGAGCAUUAGAUUGUUUCCCCCUAUAUUUGGUUCUUUCAGGAAAGCCAUUUCAGACAUUGAAUACGAGAGCUUUCUCAUUCCCAAAGGAUGGAAGGUCUUAUGGACAACGUACGGAACACAUUACGGAGAAGAGUACUUUGGAGAUCCAUUGAGUUUCAAGCCAAGCAGAUUUGAGGAACCUGUUUCUCAGUAUGUUUAUGUUCCAUUUGGAGGAGGGCCAAGAGCUUGUGCAGGCUACCAGCUAGCGAAAUUGAACAUACUCAUCUUUAUACACUCGGUUGUAACCCGUUAUGAUUGGAGUUUAGUUCAUCCAGAUGAGCCAAUCAUAAUGGAUCCUCUCCCUGUCCCUUAUCAUGGAAUGCCUAUUAAGAUUUCUCCAAAAUCAGAAAUUUGUCCCAAUGUUCACCAAAUGUAAGCUCAUUUAUCUCUCUAUGACAAAAAAGAAAAGUUACAAAGAAGAUGCAUUCAUCAGUAGAAUCAGAAGGCAUCCUCAAAGAAAGCUCAUCCUUUGAAGCAUCAUAAUCUGAUCAUGUACAAAGAAGAUGCACUUCCUUGAAACUGAAGUGGAUGCAAAACCUCUAAAUAUCAGAAUAUAUAGUUUACAUAAUUAUGAUCUUCCCAACAGCAGACAUCAAGAUGUUAUAAUAGAAAACUCUUCUACAUUUCACAA